AUGGCGAAUUCCAAAUUUGAAUAUGUCCGUAACUUUGAGACGUCAGAUCCGCUAUUACCCAACACAUGGAUCGUGGUGCGAGUCGAUGGAAGGGGUUUCACCAAAAUGUGUGCCAAGUAUGGCUUCGAGAAACCAAAUGAUCGCCGUGCCCUUGAUCUUAUGAACACAGCUGCCAAGGCUGUCGUAACUGAGCUACCAGAAAUCACCAUUGCAUACGGCGUCAGUGAUGAGUAUAGCUUCGUCUUUCACAAGGCAUGCACUUUGUUUGAUCGAAGAGCCAGUAAACUUGUUAGCACUGUAGUCUCGACAUUCACUGCGAAUUACGUAUACUUUUGGUCGACUCACUUCCCAGACAGCCCGUUGUCUCCUCCACUACCAUCCUUUGAUGGACGGGCAGUGUGCUACCCUAGUGUUCAAAAUCUCCGGGAUUACAUGAGCUGGAGACAAGCAGAUUGCCACAUCAACAACCUCUAUAACACAUGUUUCUGGUCUUUGAUCCAACUCGGAGGUCUUGACAACAAGGAAGCUGAGAGUACUCUGGCGCGCACAUUGGCAGCAGACAAAAACGAGAUACUCUUCUCUCGCUUUUCUAUCAACUACAACAACGAGCCCGAGAUAUACAGAAAGGGCAGCGUUAUCUUCCGCGACUACGAAUUGGUUGACCCUGACUCUCACAAUACCAUGCAAACAAUCGACUCUCAAGCAGAGCCCGUUGAGCAAUCAAAGUCACAGAAGGAGAAGGACAAAAAAAGCCGAGCCAAAGCUCGUGUGGUGGUGGAACACAUGGACAUCAUCAAGGACGAUUUCUGGAACCAAAGACCAUGGCUACUUUCCAACAAGCCUGGGAAGAUUCCGAAACAGACGUAA